UACCUGCAUUGGACUCUAUAUAAUCCAUAGCUCCUUGUUGAGCUCUCUCUAUCAUCUCUCUUUCUUCAGGAAAAGAAGAGGAGAAGGUUAGCUCGAGAGGUCUAACAUGGGGACAGCCACUUGCAUAGAUAUACUGGUGGCCAUCAUCCUUCCUCCUCUUGGAGUCUUCCUCAAGUUUGGCUGCAAGGUGGAGUUUUGGCUGUGCCUGUUGCUGACGAUCCUCGGCUACAUCCCCGGGAUCAUCUAUGCCAUCUAUGCCAUCACCAAAUAAUUCAUUUCUCUACAUGAAAACAAGAAGAAUCAGGGGAUUGGUAGUGGAGAUGGUGCUGCAACUUGGGCUCUUCUUCUUUCUUCUGUAAUAUAUGAUCUGUGCACUAUUGUUGUGUUCUUCUUGAGAAUUCUUAUUGAGAGUCUUCUUGUCUGUUGAUUGUUGCACGUUAGUGGUGUAAUUGUUUGUCGACAAUAAAGCAACAGCUGCAUCUGUGCCUUUAUGCAUUA